AAAUGGGCAAGUUCAUGAAACCCGGGAAAGUGGUGCUCGUCCUGGCUGGACACUACUCGGGACGCAAAGCCGUCAUCGUGAAGAACAUUGAUGACGGCACCUCAGACCGCCCUUACAGCCAUGCCCUGGUGGCUGGAAUUGACCGCUAUCCCCGAAAAGUGACAGCUGACAUGGGCAUCCCCCUGGACAAAACUGUUGUCAACAAGGAUGUCUUUAGGGACCCAGCCCUAAAACGCAAGGCAAGGCGGGAAGCCAAGGUCAAAUUUGAGGAACGAUACAACACAGGGAAGAACAAAUGGUUUUUCCAGAAGCUUCACUUUUAGGUAUAUUUUUGUUUACAUCAUUAAAAGUUUAAAAAACAA